CUAGUCUGUCAAAUCUGAAAUGUUGAUUAGUAUUAAUUUGUUUAGGUCGUAAACAAAAAUUUUACCAAGAAAACAAUAAAAUAAUUUAAAAUAUACGUAUCACUCAAAGAAAUGACCCUUACGACAGUAGUCGACCAAAUGUCCAUUUUAUCAGGAGAUCGUACCAAGUUAAAGGAUUUACUUCGGCAAAGAUUAAUGGAAUGUGGCUGGCAUGAGCAAGUAAGUUUAAUGUGCCGUGAAGCUAUAAAAGAAAUGGGCUCAUCAGCAAAUGUGGAUCAAAUAGUAGCAAGAGUAACACCCAAAGCUAGAACAUGUGUACCAGAUCCAGUUAAAAAAGAAUUAUUGCUGAGAAUUAAAGAAAGCUUAAGUGCUCAGGAAAAUAUUGAAAUCAAAGAAUAAUUUAUUUUUAACAAAAAUGUGUAACUAAUGUAUGAAGUUUUUGCAAAUAAGAUAUAAACUAUUAAGAUGUCUAGCAAACGAAUCUUUAAUUAAAACUUGUCA